AGCUUUGCUGUGCGCAUGUGCGCCUCUGGGAGCCGGGAGGGCAACUUUCCUCUUCCGGAGUGGGUUUGUCUAGGCGGUUGGGGAGGUUCGUGCUCCAUGGUAGGGUGUCGCGCAUGUGCGGCCUGGCGGGGUUAGAGCUGUGGCGGCCCGCAUCCAGCUUUUAGUUUCAGCCUUCCAGUGUUCUCAUUCUGGGUGUGGGAAGAAGAGGGCAUUUCUAAGGCCAUGUCUCCCCUAGGAGUGCAUUGCAGUUCCUCAAUGGAAAAGGUGUUAAAAACUGUCUGCAGCAGUAUGGAAACAUGGAGACACAAUAGUCAUCUAUUGAGACCCUCAAGGAACUAUUGGGCAAAGUGAUGGAAAUGAAGAGCUUGAAACAUCACUUCAGCAUGGCGGCAGCUGAAUCUGACAAGGACUCUGGAUAUUCAGAUGGAAGUUCAGAGUGCCUUAGUGCUAUGGAGCAGACUGACUCGGAGGAUGUGCUGAAUGCGUUGUGUUGGAACACAGAGGAUGGACCUUGGCAAUGCCCAGUGACCACAAGCAACUCCUUUCCCUCACUUUCUCCUAUGGUUGUAAUGAAAAAUGUGUUAGUUAAGCAGGGGAGUUCAUCAUCACAGCUCCAGUCUUGGACUGUGCAGCCAUCCUUUGAGGUGAUUCCAGCUCAGCCACAGCUAGUGUUUCUUCGUCCCUCAAUCCCACCUCCUAUUAACCCUCAGCCUGUUGGGAAAAAGAGAAAUGACUCCACUAAUUACCUGCCCAUCCUGAAUUCUUAUCCCAAAAUAGCACCACAGCCCUGCAAAAGAGAUCACUCCUUUGAUGUAGAAGAACAUCAGGAAACCAAUUGCCAUAAACGACUCUGCACAGAAGCACCCAAGAUGGAGACUUCUCCUGUAUCGAGGAGCACAGGCUUGCCUACUAGUCCUUUUGCCCACCUACCAGUUAGCUUUAAGACCCUUCAAGAUUCUAACCAGCAAGGUUCUUCAACUCUAGUGACAAGUGGAAAACUGUCAGCUCUUCCUGGUUUUCAUCAUGUUUCCAGUGACAGUCAGAAAAUGCCGGGUUUGACUCCCCUUUUGCCUUUUGGAGCUCUGCAGGCUACAAAGUGCACCCCUCAUGAGAGUGAGAGUGCAGCACAGACUACGAUGCAGUCUGCAGUGUGGAGCCCCCCGUUGAUACCAGAAGAGAUUUGCACUACCCCUGAGCUGCUCUUGCAACAACAAAGCAAGUGCAGACGCUUUCAGAAUACACUCGUUGUGCUACGCAGGUCGGGAUUGCUGGAGAUCACUUUAAAAACCAAGGAGCUCAUUCAUCAGAACCAGGUGACUCAGGCCGAGCUGGACCGGCUGAAGCACCAAACGCAGCUUUUCAUAGAGGCAAUAAAGAACAAUGCUCCACAGUCAUGGGCAGAGCUAGAAGCAUCUCUAACAGGAUCUGAUAAAGCUGAUAGCAACCUUGAAGAUCCCACUUAUCCCAACAUGUAGUAAAAAGAUACAUAGCUGUUGGUCAAGUUAUUUCUGUGCCUCCUGUUUCCUGUCUCAAGCUUUUACUUGAGCAUUUUCUGAGUCCCAAGACUUGUGAAGUGGCAUGCCGUUAACAACUUGUCUUCAGAGCCAGUUGUGGGACUGAAAUAGCAUGGUAGGGUCUUGACAGAAUGGGUACUUCCUACUUCAGUGUGACCUUGAACACCAUGCUCGCUCUAUGUACUUCCUUGGACUUGAGAAGCUUGGAUGCGCUCUGCUGGCAUGUUCCCAUUCUUGCAGUGAAAAGACAGUCAUUUGCAGUAUUCUGCAAGCAAGCAUCUUCCUAUUCCCAUGUUCAGAUAGUCAGUUCUGAGAAUGGAGCAGCAGAACAGACCCCAGUAUUGGGCCAUCAUCAGGUGCAAGCAGAUGAAGGGAGUUGGUGUGAGAAGAGGAAACUCAUGUUGGUGGGGUGAUAUCUUUAGGCUGUCGCUGUCCUUUGUUGUAACAGAGUCUUGCUUUGGGGUUUUAAUGCAUUUGAGUCAGCUUGUGCUGAAGCAGUAUUCUAUAUUCAUUUCAGUCUUUGGUCAAAGUGAUGAGUGUCUUAAGACCCAAGUGAAAUGAUGUGUUUUGAUGAGUGUACUUUUUUGAUUUUGAUCUGUACAGUCGAGUGAGUGAAAAUCCCAAGGGUUGCACUGAGAGUGUUGUUCCAAAGCUGUAUUUAUUAAUGGCUAACAAGUGUACAAGGCAAGUGGCUUCGGAUUUUUUUGAUAGCUAACAGAUUAAACACUGUUAUUAAAGACUGCAGUGACUUUUUUUAAACAGUACAAGGAAGAUAUUCAUUCACCAGGAUUAAUUUGGCAAGACUAGUUGCAUAUUAUUUGUUACGUGUAUCUUUAGUUUACAAGAGAGAUCUCAGCUUGGGUAAUCUCCCUGAAAAUUUUACCUACCUGAGUUUGAAUGUAAAAAAAACCAAAAAAAACCCCAAACCAACCCCAAGACAUUUUUCCUCCACAUAAAUUUAUAUCAUUCCUAGCCUGCUUGCCUUGAGAUACAGGUAACACCAGUGUGUGCAUAAAGUAUUAGGCCUUACUAGUAGAGAUCCACGGUAGUCAUGUUACAAAAGCUGUUUCAUUUCAGUUUAGACACUUAACUAUGUCACUCUCUCCAAUCUAAAGGGGUUUUGGUUUUUUUUUUUCGGAAGCAGUCUCUGUAGAGAACUAAGAAUGGCUUUGUCUAAGAAAGCUAAGGAAUCUGGAUUGUUUACGGUAUGUUCCUUUCUGUGUGACACUGUUUUCAAAAAAUUGUGCGGUCUAGGUGACCAGUUACUUUGACGCUUUGAUCACUUCUAUCAAUUGUUUCAGAUUCUUAAAAAAAGCUUGAAAAUAGAGUGGAUGUCUUGCUAAUUUGUGACUAGACCUUUCAAUUUUCUGAUGCCUCUGGGAAUCUGUUGCAGAAGACUGUAGAGAAUGCUGCUGUAGUCUUCAAAUAUGUGAAAUUGUAAGGGGCUUCUCUCUUGUAAGGGUUUCCCCCCUUUUGACACUGAUGAAAAGAAAUGCCGUACAUGCCUCACAAAGAGGAGAAAUGUGAGUCAUAUUUGUACUAGCCAUAGGCCUGGAGAGAAAUUUUGUGGCAGGAUUCACCUUAGUGGAGCUGUAGCAAACUAGUAGCCAUGCCUUUCAUGGUAUCCUGCCUGCCUGCUGAAGAUUAGUGCAGUACGUAGGAAUUGAUUAAAAGAAAGGUGCUCAUAGACUGUGUUCUGUCAUGUAUUUUUUAAAUAUACCUGCUAUUAUUGUGCAUACGAGGAUUUCUCAUAACUCGCAGCACAGCAAUAUCGAAACUCGGCCAACAAACCCAGAAGGCAGGAAGGCAGCAUAGUGUGGUGUAAUAAUGUAGGACAUGUGUGAUUUAGGUCUUAUGGAAUCAGUUGUGAUAUCUGCACAGAAUGACAUUUGGCAGGAUAGAUGAGAUGGCACCUUCGGCCAUUUGUGAAAGAAUCCCAAAAGAGAAGCUUGUUUCUUCUGAGCUUCUUACAGGAAGGAGAAGAGGCAGUAGGAGGCAGUUCCAUUGAUUGGAUGCCUGCAAUAGGCCUAGAGGUGAGGGGUGAGAAAAUGCAUAGGAUAUCUUUCUCUUCAUAAAAUUCUUAUUCUACCCAUCUAAGAGGAGAAUUUGAAGUGUAGAAUAUAUAUAUUUUUAGGAAGUGAUUGUCCUAGAAAAUAAGAUGAUGGGCUCAGACUACUCAGAGAUGAAGGGAAGUCAGAAAAAAAGAAGUCCAAUUCUAGCUGUUUGAGACAAGAAAAAGUGAGUCUACUGGUGACCUCUUCUCCAUCAUAUUUCCACUGCUCUGAUAGAGUGAAAGGAAGGAAAAAAUUGGCCUUGCAGGGUAAUAUCACCUGACUUGGGGCAACUCUAGCUGAUAGAAAUCUCUCAUAGUCCACACAAUACCACAUGUAUUUUUUUCCCCUGACGGCACUGAGGGUGGGCUGAAGUGGGUGUGCUUAUAGCUGAUGGGCCUUUCAGCUGGUGUAAUUUGUAUAAAUAUAUAUUCAAUAAAUCUGUGAGUGAAGUCCAGCAGCUGGUUAGAAAUCUCCUACUGGGCAUCAGUCCAGACUUAAAUGGUAUUUGCUGAACUAGAAAAAUCCACUCUGGAACUAUUAUAUGUAAAUCUGGGGCCCCUUAGGAACCAUAUCCCUAGAUAACUGCAAAUCUUGACGCAAUAUCUAUAUAAAAGAAAAAGGAUGUUGAAGGUCCCUAGUGAUAGCUAUGUCAUCAAGUACCAUUCUGUUCAGUUUCUCUUAGCUACCUUUAUUCCUGGAAGCCCUGAUAAACCUUUAAACAAUGAGGGCUUUCCUUUCUUGACUGCAAUUUAAUAAAAUAGGUUAGCUUGGAUCUGUGUUGAGAAAAUUAGUUGACUGCAUCAGGACUAGAAUAGGUUCUGACUCUGGGCAGGCUCUGGAAGUGGUCCAGUAGAUUUCAGCAGAAACAUUAACCUCUCUGAUUGGAAACCUGUAAGCAAUGAACUUACGGAUUUUCUUGACCUUUGAAGUAGCAAGACUUUGUAUUAACAAAUUAGCUGAAGAUAGCUGUCCCAGUCUAAAAAGUUAAUCAGGGGCUUCAGUUGCUGCUGACAACAGGUAGGUGGGGUAGCUUGAUGGGUCAGACAGACUGCUGUUUUUCUAUUAAGUUGUAAUAAAUGUUGGUAUUUUUGAUUAAUUUGACUAUGUAUUUUUGAAAUUCUACUGCUCUAGUUGGAAUGUAAACAUUUUCUGUACUUUUGAAGUCCAUUGCCAGCUCUGAAUACAGUAGCCUAAGAACUCUGUUAUAGAACGUGACCUUUUUGCUAAAACUUUACAGAAAGAGACUGUGAAAUAUGAAUGAAAUAAAGUACAUACUUGAAAAGUU